AUGCCGCAGACACAAUCCCAACUACAAAUCUCUUCCGGCGUGUCCAUACUGCCAACAGACAUAACGCGUGCCGAUCUGCCACGUCGGACACCUUUGGGCCCAAUUCAAUUGGAAAACGACAACUCUACUUACCGCCUCCGGAAAUGCCUCCGUCGCCACGCCUACCACAACCCCCGCGACUGCGACCACCGCCACUCCCACCCCGCCACCCCUGAAAACACCUUCGAUGCUCUGUCAUCCGUCAUUACGAUCGCUACCGCUCCCGCCGCCAACAAUGCGAACUCGAUUCCAACCUGUCCCCAUUGCGCUCGCGCCUUCGCAUCCCGCAUCGGCCUAAUCGGCCACAUGCAAAUCCAUUGCACCGAGGCCGGUGAACCGGUGCCGCGAGAACCAACAUAUGCCCGCUGCAACUGCCCAUGA